AUGUUCAUCUCAUCCCCCCUCCCCCUCCUCCUCCUCUUUUCCCCCUCCCUCUUCAUCUCCACCACCCAAGCAGCCCUCACCUACAAAGGCGUCGACUGGUCCUCCCUCCUCGUCGAAGAGCGCGCAGGCAAAAUCUACCGCAAUGCUGCAGGUCAGCAACAACCUCUCGAGAAGAUUUUACAAUCCAGCGGCGUGAAUGCCGUUCGACAACGGAUUUGGAAUGACCCCGAGGAUGGGAAUUAUAAUUUGGAAUAUAAUUUGGAAUUGGCCCAGAGGGCCGUCGAGAGUGGGUUGGAUGUGUAUUUGGAUUUUCAUUAUAGUGAUACUUGGGCUGACCCAUCCCAUCAAACCACCCCCUCAGCCUGGUCCUCCUACAACAUCGAUGACCUCUCCUGGGCCGUCUACAACUACACCCUAGACACCAUGAACGCCUUCCACACGGCCAACAUCCCUCUCGCCCUCGUCUCCAUCGGCAACGAAAUCCGCGCAGGAAUGCUCUGGCCUCUCGGCUCCCUCGACUCGUCUUCCUCUUCCUACUCUCCCGCAAAUGUAGCCCGUCUCCUACACUCCGCCUCCGCCGGAAUCAAAGACUCCUCCUUGACCCCCCAACCCCAAAUUCUCGUACAUUUAGACAACGGAUGGAACGCCGACACGCAAGAAUGGUGGUACGAUUUAAUUUUAUCCCCAAACAACGCGUUUACGGCCGCCGAUUAUGAUGUGCAAGCCGUGUCGUUUUAUCCGUUUUAUAAUUCUGCUGCGACGAUGAGUGCGCUCCAAAAGAGUUUGGAGGGGUUGAAGGGGAAAUAUGGGAAAGAUGUUAUGGUUGUGGAGACGAAUUGGCCGCAGAAAUGUUCCAAGCCGGAGGUUGCGUUUCCGGAGGAUGUGAGGGAUUUGACGUUUUCGGCUGAGGGGCAGAGGGAGUGGAUGGAGGAGGUGGCGGGGGUGGUGGAGGGGGUGGGAGGGAGUGGAGUGUGGUAUUGGGAGCCGGCGUGGUUGGCGAAUGCGGGGUUGGGGAGUAGUUGUGAGAAUAAUUUGAUGUUUGAUGCGGAAGGGAGGGCGUUGAGUAGUUUGGAGGUGUUUAAGAGUUUGUAGAAAAGACAUGGAAUCAUCCAUCAUCACCAUCUCAUCCUUGGAGCGCUUUUUGUGCUUCACUAUUGACCUCUUUCAAACUUUGAGCACUUUCUGAAAUCUUCUUCUUCUCUUCGUCGCUCAAUUGUAACGAAAUGGUCUGCAUGACGCCCCCUCUCCCAAUCACAGCCGGCAUGCUCAAACAGACUCCCAGCUCUGGAAUCCAAUGGCUGACUCCCCUAAUGACUUUUUGAUCAAACAAAAUCGCCUUGCAAAUGCUCGCAGUCACACUCCCAAUCCCGUAAUUCGUUGUUCCCUUGCCAUCAAUAAUCGCACCAGCCUUAUCCCUCGUUGCAGCCGCAAUUUCUUCUCGAUUGAAACUCUUCUCCUUCUUCUCCUCCGUAAGAAUCCGAUCGAGCGCCACCCCUGCCACAGACACUGCCGACCACGCAACAACCUGCGAUUCGCCAUGCUCACCCAACACAAACGCUUCCACAUUCCCCUGAGAAACGCCCACCUGUUCCGCAAUUUUCCCCUUCAAUCGUGCCGAAUCCAAAAAGGUUCCGCUGCCAAAAACCUGCUGCGGCGGCAAAUCGAACAAUUUCUGCGCAAGCAAAGUCAUCACAUCCACGGGAUUAGCAACAAUCAAUACAAUCACCCCCUUCUUCAUCGACGACGCGCUCCCCAAAUUCUCCACGACGGAUUUUAAAAUUUUCGCAUUUUUCCCGACAAGAUCCGUUCGACUCUCGCCUUGCUUCUGCGCUGCACCGGCGCUAAUGAUGAUAAUGUCUGCUUGGCCCGCUUCUCGAGGAUCCUGAGCGACGUGAAUCCGCGUACUGGUGGUUUCGCUCUGUAAGACUGCGUCGCGUAAAUCUGCGGCUUGGGCUUCGACGACUUCGGUCUGGGGAUCACUGAGGAUGAUUUUGCCGGCGAUGGGGUUGAGGAUUAGGCUGUAUGCGAUUGAGGAACCGACUACUCCGGCGGCUCCGAUGAUGGCGAUUGUGGUGGGUGAGGAAGAUGAAGGCAUUGUUGAGAGUUGUCUUUGU